AUGCCACCAGUAACGGGUCGCCCGGUUGGCAGGGCACCACAACCACACCCUAUUAUCCGCCGCACCCGUAGUUGGCGGGGUAUCAUGCAGGUUCGAUUCAACGACACGCGUGCAGAUCGAAACAAGAUUGUCCAACAAGCCUUUUUUUGGGCUCCAAUGAGAAUAUUUGGAAUUUGUUUUGUAACAACGACAGUAAUGUACUUUACAUUGGGUCAUGAUCGAUUUAUGCACACUCUUUUUGGGUAUGAGUCUGAGAUGAAUUAUGAGGCUCGCGUAAACCCUGGAGCAAGUGUUAUGUUUUCUGAAACAAUGCUAGACAAGGAUCGCGCCUGGAAAUCACCCGUGAGAGAUUUGGAAAAACCACUGCACCCGAUACGACGAUUUGAUGUACUUCGUGAUCCAAAAUCUGCAUAA